CACAUCGCUGACUUUGCAUGUAUUUGCACCGUUGUACCCAAGUUUUCGGUCAUACAACAUAAAAAACUUCUUGCCCGUAACCAAGUGACCAUGCGAGAUCUAUUGUUUAUGGCUGCCGACACAUGCCGUACAUCCUAACCAUGGUCAUAACAUUUAUUUGGCAGAAAAGGUGAGAACACGUUCAAUAUUUCGUACGGCUAAAUCUGGCCAAAACGCUGUCAAAUGUUCGGCCGGUGCGAGCGACGCUAGCGCCCCUAGACGCAAAUCCUCGUGGUUACCAAGACGCCGCCGGCGCCGCGACGUUGAGUUUACGAUUACGUUUAGGAACAUGGAAUGCAACGUUUGCCUGAUUACUAUUUGUAAUAACGGACACAUAUACGCCCCCUUAACCAAAAGGUAGCUGGAAUGUCGGCAAGCGGAACUGGCCUGUUGCGUGACCGCACGAAUGAGCACCUUCGGACGAACAUAAAUCAUGUCGUUUGAGGAGACCGUAGGAUGGUGCGAGCGAUGUCGGAGCGAUGGACUGGAGAGUCCAAUACUCGUUUACCCUAUCGGACCGACCGAUGCAAUCAAGAUGUGCAGCAACUUGGAGUGCUCCGACAUGGCAAACAGCAUCAUUCAGGUAGACUUCGUCAAGAUAGAAAUUCCCAAAUCGCAUAAAAUUUUCACUGACCCAAGUCCAGUCGAAUGGUGUGACGAUGAUGGAGAAUAUCAUCAUCAUUGCGUCAAAGUGCGCACAUCAAGUGCCAGUUCUUCAGCAGGUUCAGACCCAAAGGAUCAGAAUAUCAGAACACAUCAUACUUCUGCCAGCAUCCCUGGCACUGCAAAGGUGACUACUGAACCCCUUCGAAGACAUGCUGUUGAUAUUUAUGACAAGGUGCCUACUGCAUCCAAUGUGAACCCUUCUCCGGACUUGCGCCCAGAAAAAUGCAGGGACAGGUUGUGUCAAGAUACCACUGUUUCCGCCAGCAGUGACACAGUACAGGGAACAGCCAACCCAUUUGGAGAGCCCACAGUUGGUAUUGGUGACAGUGCACCCACUGCAUUGUUGUGUGUCGAGCCUCCAGUGUACGUCAACCCAGUGAAACACGUGUACAGGACAUGUAAUACUUCUCCAUCCACCUGUGUUAGUGCAGGACAAGUGUCCAUCAAACCAGUCGGAGAGCCCACCAUCAACAUUUGUGACAGUGCAGCCAGUGAAUCGCUGUGUGCCGACUCCGAGGUGUGUAUGGACGAAGAUGAACAUGUCUAUAGUGCAUGUGAUACUCCUGCCUCCACCUGUGGUAGUGCAGGACAGGUGUUCAUCGAACCAGUCGGUGAGCCCAACAUCAACAUUUGUGACAAUGCAGCCAGUGAACGACUGUGUACCUACCCCGAGGUGUGUAUGGACGAAGAUGAACAUGUCUAUAGUGCACGUGAUACUACUGCCUCCACCUGUGGUAGUGCAGGACAGGUGUUCAUCGAACCAGUCGGCGAGCCCAACAUCAACAUUUGUGACAAUGCAGCCAGUGAAUCACUGUGUGCCCACUCCGAGGUGUGUAUGGACGAAGAUGAACGUGUCUACAGUGCACGUGAUACUCCUGCCUCCACCUGUGGUAGUGCAGGACAGGUGUUCAUCGAACCAGUCGGCGAGCCCAACAUCAACAUUUGUGACAAUGCAGCCAGUGAAUCACUGUGUGCCCACUCCAAGGUGUGUAUGGACGAAGAUGAACGUGUCUACAGUGCACGUGAUACUCCUGCCUCCACCUGUGGUAGUGCAGGACAGGUGUCCAUCAAACCAGUCGGAGAGCCCACCAUCAACAUUUGUGACAGUGCAGCCAGUGAAUCGCUGUGUACCGACUUCAAGGUGUGUAUGGACAAAGAUAAACGUGUCUGUAAGGCACAUGAUACUUCUGCAUCCACCUGUCAUGAGGUGGGACAAGUGCUUGCCCUCCCCACUUGUGGCAGUGCACCCAUUCAAUCGUUCGGUGCUAACACCUCGUUAUGCAUAAAAGCGCGGGAUCAUAGGUACAGAUCACAUUGUUCUAUCCACACACCUGCCAAGGCUAUAAUGCCAGCAGUGGGAGUUAUCGCUUCAUCAUCUGGCUCAGUUUUUGAUGAUUCGCCCACUAUCUCCCCGAUUGCCGACACAUCAUUGGAGGCGAAGACAGAGAAAUGGAGGGACACAGGAGGAGGUCGUGUUUUGUUCAAGUCUCCGAUAUCCAAGGCAGUGACAGUGAAAGUUGUGGCUUCAUCAGAACAUCCUUUCUGUGUUAAUCGUGAACUUAGGAGCCCUAAUCCCUGCCUGGAGACAAAGCAAGAGAACCAUGCUGACGAAAUGUGUGACGUGCACCAAAUGGAAAAAGUACUUAAAGUGAAAAUUGUUGCUACAUCUGAAAUGGAGCCCUCUUGUCAACUCUCUAAUGAUGUUCCAACUCUCCUUGCAAGAGGUGUUAUUAAUUCGUGGCAAGAGGUGAUGACAGAGGAACUAGAGGAUGAAGUGAAUUGUGCAAAAGUAAAGCCAUAUCAUGUGGUAGAAGAGCCAGCAGCAAAAAAUGUUUCUGUGUAUUGUCCGGGGAGCACGAAAAGAUCCGUUACCCCUGUAUUCUCAUUUCUACUACCAAAUACUGCAGAGGGAGAUGCUGUAAAGCAGAAGAAAGUGAUGAGCUCACCAUCUGCGAGCCAUGUGGGUUUUGCGGAAUGCCAUUUCGAACAUAAGCAUUGGGAGAGAACAAAAGUGCCACUAGUUCGUGAAAGUAUCUCAAGAAAUUUAGAAAAAGACCAUGCAUUGUUUGGCGCUGCCACUGAAAAUGCAGACAGUGCGUGUGCCACAGAAAACGGUUCUAUGGAAUUGAUCAAUGAGGAAGAUAUGGUCGUAGCUGUUCCAGCUGCCAUUGUAACCAACGCUGCCUUCACAGUCUGCGGCAGCAUCUGGUACAAUGGACACAGAGAAUGGAUUUUUUCACAUAAGACAGAAUUUGGCAUUACCCUGUGA